AAAUAUCUGCGCUGGCUGAAUCGGACCAACCGGCAACCGGUUGUUGGUUUCUAUGGAUACGGGAUACUGAGCCACGUCGGACGGUUGAAAGAGGGCCCAGUCCAACAAUUGCUUAUUCGUGUUUACUAAAUCGUGUAACGUGAAUUUUUUUACUGUAACUAAGCUCAUUGAACCUAAAAUUAGUUGACUUAUACUUUUAACCAACUGAACUGUAAAAUCAAACAUUACAACAAUGUCAUUGAAUCAUUUCUAUCGCGUUUCAAACCGUCUGUUUAGGGUGUCUCUCAGACAAAUUGGCACCAUUUUUGCAACUCAAACUGAGCAACCUGGGCUCUGCUGGCAUGUGACAAGAGGCCAGCAUUUGUUCAGCUCCAGUGCACCAGCCUCCCCUCCUGCUCCUGAGCCUCAUCAGCCAUCUAAGGAGGAACCAGUGUAUGACCGCCUCAUCUGGAAGCUGGAGGUUUACUGCGAGGGUCAUGAGAAGUCAGUGCUUGAGAGCUAUGCUCGCUUCAUAGCCAUGACUUGUGCCCACCUGGGCAUCAAUGCUCAGCCUGCACAGUUCGGCACGCCGACGCACGAGCGCCUGACGCUGCUCAAGUCUAUCCACAUCCACGGCAAGCACCGCGUGCAGUACGAGAUGCAGACGUACCCUAUGACCCUGACCCUGCACCACCUCACCGGCUCCACUGCUGACACCUUCCUCGAGUACACGCAGCGCAUGUGUCCUGAGGGCGUGGCCAUGCGUGUCACGGAGCAUCAACUGAGAAAGUUCCCGGAGCCAACGAUGCGUGUCUUGAGCGACGCACGGACAGCGUGUCGCCACUCUUCGUGUAAAAAGAGUGUUUCUGAACAUUUUAACUGCGACUCCAAAAUAGCCUUGAACGACUAA